AUGAUAGAAUCUAUAACAUUGGAACUAAGACCCAGACUUCAAGUAUGCAAUGCUUUUAUUCAUUUAAAUAAAAAAGUAAAUUCAACAAGGAUUGAAAUAAAACUAUCAGAAGAAAGUAUAACAAUAACAGUAGAAAAUAAUACAGUAAACUUUUUAACAAAAUGUGUUAAAUUAAUACCAAAUUCGUUAUCAACGUUAAAUAUACUAAAUAAUUGGAUUUGUUUUCGUGCUCAAACAAAGUCUGAUUCUAUUUUUGGGUCUUUUAAGACUCAAAUAAUCACUAGUUCAACAUUAAGUAUUAACUCUUUAAACAAUACUUCAAAAAAUACUCCAAAAAAUAUUGAAUUAUUCAAUGUAGAUAAAUGCAAUAUCAUGUGCACUUGUUGUAAAAAUAUUCUCUCUAAGACAAUGUGUAUCAAAAGGGUAUUACCCAUACCAGACAUGUAUUAUGAUCCAAGUGAAUGGUUUUGCUGUAAACAUAAUCAUGACAACAGUAUCCAAAAUUUAAUUCCAUCAGAAUCUGAUAUUUUUUAUGGACAACUUUUCUUCAUCAUUCAUAAAAGUUUGUUUAAUCAUAACUUAAAAAUAGAUGAAGAUGUUAUAGUUUGUAACAGAUGUUUACAAUAUUUGGGAAAAAUUCAUACAAAUAGUUCACUUAAAUUAUGGAGUUGUACUGUGGACUAUAAUUUAUUAAAUAGCUCAAAAAUAAAGAAUGCAACAGAUCCCUUUAAUGAUUUUUUAAUAGCUAUUAAAACUUCAAUGACUGGCAUGAAUGGUGAAGAAAUAGUUUUGCAAUCUUUUGUAGGAAAAGACACUCACUCUCUCAUUUUGAAACCAAUGGAUUGGCAUUUAAAUUUAAUGACUGAACCUAAAAUAAUUUUACAUGACAAUGUUAUAACUUUACAAAGAGUAUCAGUUGUUAAAGUAUUAUAUAAGUAUGAAACAACUAAAAAUAUGACUGAUUCUGUAAAUAAAACCUAUUGUGAAGUAAGCUUUUUAGUAAUAAGAACAGGUCUAGAACAUUUGUUAAUGUCAACAAAACGAUUUCCACAGCUUCAUAGAGCUGCAUCUGAUUUUUAUAUUGGACACAUAUGUUUAGAAGAUCCUGUAAAUGAAACAUAA